AUGGUAGACGAGGCUGAGUCAAAGCCAGUGUCUGGCUGGUUCUUUUCUUUAGGCAUUGACCUGUCUGAGUGUCUGCAGUAUCCAGACUUCAGUGUCGUAGUCCUUUAUAAAAAAGUCAUUGUUGCCUUUGGCUUCAUGGUUCCGGACGUGAAGUACAACGAAGCUUACAUUUCAUUUCUGCUUGUCCAUCCUGAAUGGAGAAGAGCGGGGAUUGCCACAUUCAUGAUCUAUCAUCUGAUUCAGACGUGCAUGGGCAAGGAUGUGACUCUUCACGUCUCAGCAAGCAACCCUGCCAUGCUGCUAUAUCAGAAGUUUGGCUUUAAGACUGAGGAGUAUGUUCUGGAUUUUUAUGAUAAAUAUUACCCCCUGGAGAGUACAGAAUGUAAACACGCAUUCUUCCUGAGGCUCCGACGCUGAAGUGAACCCAGUUCUGCCCAUAGAACAUGGGUACUGUCAGGGAAUGGGCCUUCAGGAGCUGUGAGGCAGUUAUCCUGCCAUGGGCCCUGGUCUCCUGGCGGUGAUGGCCUCCACGUGGCCCCGUUGGGUGAGUGAAGCCAUGUUCAGUGGUACAAGUAGGCAGCUCUUCCAUCCAGAAACCCUCCAGCCCAUCCUGGAGUGGCCUUGCAGCGGCAUCCUGGGCUCCAUUGUUAACCAAAACCAAGUGACUCUGCCAUCCUUUUUCCACACAGUAAUGAGUGAGCAUAAGAGAGCUGCCAAACCGAAGCCUGUGAGAAAGGGCCUGCUUACCCUAUGUUAGAGGUCAAGAAACGUGAAAGGUGUUGAAGGUUUGCAGUGCCCAUGUGGCCUUCUGCUGUCCUGGGAUGAGAGAUUAUAAGGUGUCAGGAAUGAUUUCAACCCUGUUCCUAGCCUAUGGUGUGCUGUCAUUGAGUCCCAGAGGACUCAUGGGGCACUGACUGCUGAUUCUGGUCCCAGUCCGGAGGAAUAAAUUCAUUGUUUAUCUCCAUGCUGCUUUACCUGAUCUACCUGCUAGCAUCUCCUUGAAGGGACACUGACCUGGUAGAUGGAGUUCAUUCUUGGCAUGGCCUGGGGAAAUUGCUUGAGAGGAACAAUUGAGCCUGAUAUAUUAGAUGCCUUCCCUGGCCCUUCUCAUGCCCAGAACAGUUGCACCACAGGAGUGGAGUCAUGGAGUGGUGCAGGCAGAACUGGAUGCCCUGUCAGCAGGAUGAAGCUGCUUCCUAGGUUGCAAGUGUUACAGAUGGACUGCAAGUGUCUUUGGACCCAAAAGUGCAUUUCCAAAAGUAUCAGAUAUUCUCAAAUAAAAACCUUAUGUGUAACAACUCACA